AUGGACCAUGGCACUACUUGGGAUCUUCUGCUUCCCCAUGCUGAAUUUGCUUAUAAUAAUUCUAUCAACCGUAACACAGGGCGUUCACCAUUCAAGAUUGUUACUGGCCUUAAACCUCGCACACCACUAGACCUGGUGCCUUUACCGUUGCCUCCACGAGUUAGUGAGGGAGCCUCUGAUUUUUAUCACCAUUUGCAAGAAGUCCAUGAUGAGGUACGACGCCGUAUAACCCAAAGUAAUGCAGCUUACAAGGAACAAGCAGAUAGCCACCGUCGAUAUCUUGAAUUCCAACUAGGGGAUUUAGCACUUAUUAACAUUCAUCCAGAAAGGUUUCCCAAAGCCCCCAUUUUUAAUGUUGACGACCUAACAGCAUACCAUGGCCAUGAUUAUGCUCCACAAGAGGACACUCCGAUAGCCACCCUUCCUAUUCGAAGCAAGUUGCAUGAGUGUAUUAAAGCGAUUUUGGAUGACCAGGGAGAAUGCGAACUAGUUAAAAUAGACAUCAAUUGCUAUAUUCAAGGUGAUGUUGUGGUGGAGUGUGUUAGCUUGAAUGAUGAAAUGGCACGUGAAGAGAUGAUGUUCCGAGUAAUGUUUAAUACUUCUAGGUCUAAUAUAUUGAUCCUAAACUGGGAUGAAAUUGACAUAUUGUGGAAUGCUAAGGACCAAUUUCCAAAGGACUUCAGAGCAGAGAUUCUCUUCUCUGAGAUGGAUGUUGCUGCUUCCGCAGUAGUGGGUGAUAUCUCAAGCUUUGAGGAGGAGGGCCUUCCAGUGGAAGCAUUUGCAAAAGUUCAAGAGUUCUUCAGUUAUGUGGACUGA